GUGAAACUGGUGACAUCGGCGACAGCAGCAAGUUUUGGGACAUUCAGGAAGGUUGUGUAGUCUGAUAUUGCAAUUGAUUCCAAGAUGUUGGCGUCUGCGAGUUGGGCCCAGGGAUACAAGGUGCUCUGCAUUAUUACAAUGAUGUAGCAUUAGAUGCCUAGCCGGGAGAUCUUUAAUGGAGUCCCUGUGCAGAUUGAGCUUUGUAGUUGUGGAGCCUGAAGGAAGAGUUGUGUAAUUGGAAUAACCAUGAACUAACCCUCCUUGGCAGAGGCUAAUGGAAUGUUGGCCCUUAUUUCAAGAGUGAGGAUCAUUGGAGAAACAGCUGAAGGUGUUUGGGCUUAUGAUACUACCCCAAGGAACUCUUGUAGAGCUGUUACCUCUGAGAUGACUUCCAGUAAAGAACAACUACCUUCCUAUGUGCCAGAAUUACACUUGGAUGUUUUGCUAAUUAGUUGCAUGCAGGCUGUUUACAAGACUCAUGGGAGGAGACUGGCACGCACCAAAUGGGAGAGCGCGGCGUGGGGAAUGCACAACAAAGCAGUUUUUCCCCUAUCUAGCAGCUGCACGUAGACAGAGAUGAGAUGGAGCAGCUGAAAACCAUCUGUGGAGGGCAGGGGUGGAAACACAAAUUUUGACUGUUGUCCCUGAAGAAGUUUCUGAGCACACCAUGAGCUUCGUGUUGCAGGCGACCAAUGUGGCCAAAGGGGAUUCUCAAUGUUUUAUCCAGUUUGACCAAUAAUCUGAGAUAUCAUGGAUAGUCCACCCAAACUGACAGGGGAAACACUGAUUGUACAUCACAUUCCCCUUGUUCAUUGCCAGGUCCCAGACAGAAAGUGCUGUAGCAUGGGCAAAAGACCAAACCCAUUUUACCAUACCGAUCUGGGAAUUACGAGAACUACAUCACUACCAGAAAGGGACCUGCUUCAAAAGGAAACAUUACUAUACAGCAGCUUAAUUCAGGCUUCUUGUUUACCUCCGGUGGUACCACAUGAAACUGAAGGUAGACUACCAGACUCAAAAGAAACCAACACAAGCGAUCAGCACAAUUCAUUAAUUUUCAAUGAGAACAAUGAUCAGGAAAUCCCUUACAACAGUUCCUUUCAUCCGCAGAAUAGCAACAUUAACAAUUCACCAUUUGUUCUUCAUGAACAGCCAUUUCACCUACAUGGUGCUGAAAAAAGCACAAAACAAUGGAGCUCCAAUAUUAGACAAGGGAUUAUUGAAGGUCAAGAGGAACAAACCCAUAAAUGUGAUUGUAAGAAGUCAAAUCAAAUCGUCACAUCAAGACCAGCAUCAGCUGAUCUAGUAGAACUACCGAUGUGCAACUGUGCUCAUGAUAGCACAUCUACCUUAUUCUUUGAUUGUAACCAAGGGUUGGAAAACAACCAAGAUGGAUUGUUCGGGAAACAAGAUUUACUAGACAGCAGAAAGUGCAGUUGCUCUAGCUCAGAAAUCCAGCAAAGCAGAAGUUGUGUUUUUUCAGAUCAGUCUGAGGUAGAUAAUCAGCAUAUGACUUACAACAGUGACUCAUCAUGUAAUAGUUCAGAUGGUGUGCUGGUCAAUUUUACUGCAAUCUACAAUAAAAUGAAAAGCCAGUCAAAGUCCAACCUAAGUUCAGGUAACAUGUUGCAUGAUUCAUCAUAUUGCAGUCACUCAGAGAUGGGUGCUUUCUACCUGGACCUACAAUCAUCACCUAGUGAGCCAAAGAAUUCAUGUGAUAUUCACAAUGGUGAUAGUGCCAUGCAAACCUGUCUGUGCCAUCAGCAGUGUUCACCAGCUGUUGAUGACAACUGUAAUUCUUACCACCUACCAUGUGAAAACAUGCCCUGUUCUUCUGAAAAUUCAGAUUAUACUGCAUGUUUUCAAAGUCAAGCAAGAUUAGUUGUUGCCACACAAAAUUAUUACAAAUUAGUAACUUGUGACCUAUCUUCUCAGUCAACACCAAGCCCUGCAGGGUCUUCAAUAACAAGCUGCUCAGAAGAUCAUGCAAAGAGUACAAGUCCAAGUCAACCUACAGAGUAUUAUCUCUUCCGGCCACCAGAAGAUAAGAUUGACAUUGAUCAAUGUUUUCAAGAGAAACCAGCACUGGAGGCCACUGAAGAUCUCAUUGAAGGUCAAGUAUAUGUGAAUGUUGCUUCAAAUACUUCUGGCAGACAAAGAUCAAGGAGCUAUGAUCGUAAUUUAGAUAAGAGCCCAUCCCCUAGGUUGGGCUCAUUGGAACGCAUGUAUAGCUGCCCAGGCAAGCUAAGUGACAGUCAUACAGGAACAUCACAGAGAUCACCACCAAGACGUGUAACCUCAUUUGCUGAACUUGCUCGAACUAGAAAACGAAGUGGGAAUUCACCACCGCUCAAAACCAGUGGAGAUUCUUCGAUAGAGUUCUCCCCAAUAUUGGAAAAUCAGAAAGAAAAUAAUGUUUUUGUUUCCUUAGAUGAAGAGUGCUGCCAUAAUCUGCCUGGCAGGUCCUCUCCAAAAAUGGACUUAACAACAUCCUGCGCUGCACCCUUCAUUCAUCGCUUUAGUAACAAAAACAGCAAUGCAAGUCUGCAUGAUAGAGCUCACCUUGAAGGGUAUGGACCUUGUUAUAAUGAGGAAGAUGGCAACAAACUAGGACCAGUUAAUCCACUCCAUCAACAAAUUGAGAAGAAUGCAUCUUUUGACAGCCAUACUAAGAUGGAAGGUGGCGGAUCAGAAGCAAAUGCAGUUAUCCGUUACAGUAAAGAACAGCGCCCAACUACGUUGCCCAUUCAACCUUUUAUUCUCCACCAUCCAUUGAGCAAACAAAUUCCCAGGGUUCGGCCACUUCAGAACCAUUGUGCAUCUUCUGUUUCAUGUACCUACAGUAUUCCAAGUAGUCAGCUGACAACAAAUGGACAUUCAAGUGGUACAUCUAGUUCUUCCGGUGGUAUGGUGUCAUUGGAAAAUAUAGCAACAGUAGGCAAGUCACAGAAUGGAUUCAAUGCAGAUGAGAAUGAGAAACAGAGGAACUCUUCUCCCAUAAGUGAGUACUGCUCACAGAGGCCUGUACCAGAUGCAAUUAGGCCAUCACCAUUGGGCAGUUACUCACCGGUGAAAAAUGACGCAUCUAUCUUGCAGAGUGGAAACUCAUCAUCUUCUGCUGUCUCACCAGAAAGAAAUUUUGGAAUCAACCCCCCGAGGAGUAGAUCAUGUCCUUUAUCUGCGAAUCUCAUUUCAAUUCGAUCUGCCCCAGUAAAAGGUGUUGUUUCACCCAGCAAAGCUUACCUUCAACGUAUUAGAGAUGAAAGAAAGAGUCCCAAGGAAGCUCAGAAGACAGAACAAGGGAAUUUUCAAACUGGACAGAGCUCCACCUGUUAUUCCCACCAAAUUGUGUUGCCAACAUCUGCUAAUGUAACAGCAAAUGGUGUCAGCAGUCAUCUGGACCAUCAUAAGGAUAACCAAGGCAGAAGUGGAAAAGCAGCACUGUUUAACCAUGUGGCAUCAGGCUUCACAUCUGCUAAUCACAUUGCACCUCUGACACUCAAAUGGAGAGAAUAUCGCAGAAGAAAUCCCCUUGGUCAUGACCGUAUAAAAGGAUUUGGCUGUAAUUUGGAUCCUAAACAGUCAGGUCCCGGGAUGGUCAAGAAGAAAACCUAUCUGGAAUUUUCUGGCAAAAGUGGUGUUAACCAUAUUCGCUCAAGACUAUGUGGCCAAUCUGUGAAGCAACUUCAGAGCUAUUACAGUGAUUUCUUUCCGGAUUACUUUUCACUGGCUGAGAAACCUCCUGCUGAAUUCUGUUUAUCACCUGAUGGUACCACAGAAAGUAUCUCUGUAGAUUUGCUUCAGAAAAAGGGUCUUGUUAAAGCUGUGAACACUGCUGUUGAUCUAAUUGUAGCACACUUUGGAACAAGCAGAGAUCCUGGUGUAAAGGCCAAACUUGGGAACAGUACAGUAAGUCCCAAUGUAGGCCAUCUGAUACUCAAGUACUUGUGUCCAGCAAUGAAAAAUGUGCUUCAAGAUGGGUUGAAGGCAUACAUUCCGGAUAUGAUCGUAGGACAAAGGAAAAAUUUGCCAUGGAUUGUUAUCGAGGCUUCUACUCAGCUUGGUCCUUCUACCAAGGCACUUAACAACCUUUUUUGCAAGAUAAAUCAGUAUUCUGAAUUAACGAGGCACAGCACAAGAUUUAAUGCAUUCAUUUUUGGUCUUCUGAAUUUGAUAUGCCCUAGUGUUUGCCUUUAUGUUAUCCUUGAUGUCCUUGUUAAGCCAUGGAUGACUUUUCAUAAUUCCUCGUCCUCUCAGGAAUAUACUUCAGUUGAAAGUAUCAGAUCUUUGGAGUUUUGGUUUAAUCAUUUGUAUAACCAUGAAGAUAUUAUUGGAGUUCACUAUUUACCUACUGGUUUCCUAGCACUAUCACACAGUGUUUGUCAAUCACUGUUUGAGGAGCUCCUUCUUUUAUUGCAGCCUCUUUCAUUGCUGCCAUUCGAUUUAGAUCUGAUGUUUGAAUAUCAUGUUAUCCAAAUGAACAUGGAGCAACAGAAGAAGAAGGAACAACUCAAAGUCAAGCAGGACCUCUUGCAAUCUGUGCACUCUACCUUUCAACUCAUGAGGAACAAUGGUAGUAAUGUAAGUUUGGGACCUAUACAGGACAGAGAAGACAAAUCAGAAGGAUUUACACUGAAAGGUGUAAUAGCAAGGGAUGCUGUAAUACUAGAUAAACAUGAAGAUGAUGUACAGAAUGUGGAAAAAAUUAGAAAGGAGAACGUAAGUGAAAUUAAAAAGGACAAGCAAGCAGGCUGGUGGUACCAGCUUAUGCAGAGCUCACAGGUAUAUAUUGAAGGUUCUUCAGAACAAUCAAUGUUUGUAAACUGGGAGAAGAGAAAGAAGCAAAGUACAGCUACCGUACUCCCACAGUUAGGCAUCAAUACAGAGAAAAAAUCAUUUCGAGACGGUGUCCCAGAAGGAGCAGAGAGUCAACCAGUAUCUGAAUUACACAAGUUGAACAUUUGUGGUGUGUUGUCCAAUCAAGCUGAGUCCAGUGAAGAGGCAGCAGCCACUAAGGGAUUGUCAAAAAAGAUUCAGCCUGAGUAUUCUAAAAAUGAAGCCAAACCUUCUUGGAUGGGGAGUCCUCCAGAAUCCGUGCUACAUGAACUUAAGAAUAGCAAAGUUAAUGAAAGCACUGCUUCAAACAAUAAUGAUCCACAACCAGGAAAAAUGCCAAACAUGGAUAAUACUGAAAGCAAGCAAAGAAUGUGGCUGGGCCGGUUAUUUGGUGCAAGUGUAAAUCAGGCUAGAAAAGAAGAGGCACGACUGGUAAAGUCACAAAAAAACAGAUUACCUUCUGGCUGGUUGGGACUUGAUAGAUCGGUGUAUGAUUUAAUGGUGCAGACCAUGGGAGCUGGAAAAUGGAGAGGUCUCCAGCGUAUAUCAGAACAAUUCAACCCUCAGACUGGAGGUAGUCAGCCUGAAUCUCAAGAAAGGAAAGCUCAGCAUGAGCGAGAAGUGAAAGCACUUUGUCAUCACAUAGCAACUGAGAAAGGACAACUCAGCUUUAAAAAAGGUGACGUUCUGAGAGUGAUAUCAAAAGUGGAUGCUGACUGGCUGCUGUGUGGCCUUGGGGCUGAACAUGGAUUAGUACCCUUUACAUACGUGACUCAUCCCGAAGAUGAGGAUUAUUAGGCUGAAUGCUCAAGAGACUGCGAUUUUAAUUGAAGUCUGAAGGAAUGGAGAGGAACAAAUAAAACGUUUACUUCAGCAAGAUUUAUUGAGCAGAAGAAGCACUAAAUUGCCAAUAUUUCUUUGCUUAUUAUUUUUUAUUGAGUACAUUCAUGUACAAUUAUAGAGCCCCCAACAAAAUAUAAUAUAUUGCUCAUCAACUAAUUUUCAUUUUAGCAUUGGUGAGUAUAAAGCAUGCAUGGCACACAAAUAUUUGUUCAAAUUUUCACAUGCCUUGAGGAAUAAGCAGCGUUAUAUUAACAUACUUCCAAAUGAGUGCUACAGAGCUAGGACAUAAAUGUUACAAUUUAUUAUUUAAUGUAUAUCAAAUUUUGACUUAAAAUAGUAUAAAUCGCAUGAAUUUGUGAAGUACAAAUAACAGGCAGUAUUUCUGUUUGUGAAAGACAGUAUUGGUGCCUUGAUUGGAUCCUGUAGGGUGACUGAGCUGCCUACCUUUGCACAGUCAUUCUACAAGAAUGUUUAAUGUUUGGGAUAGUGUAGGAAUCAAUGAAAAUAUAACAAUUUGUAGUAAUAUAUACCUCUGGCUUGUAAAUAUGCAGUUGAAGAAGGUACUCCACAUUUAGUUUUAUUUACAGACAUUCUUUCAAUGUGUAUUGUAUUAUUUAUUUAUUUUGCAUAUUAAUAAAAGUGCUGAAAUGACGUGAA